AUGCGUUUCUUUAAUAUCACACACCGUCGGUGUAACACUGUCGUGGACAUCCUUCUCCUUCUCACGUUAAUAGCAACGACUACUUCAGCUCUUCCACUGCGUUUCAGACGAGACUCUGACUCGAGCAGUAAAUCCGUAGGCACCGUCCAAAACUACAUGCAGACCGCCUUGCAGACCUACCUCGCCGCCCAAAACGGUGUUUCCAACUUUCACGCCAUCUCUGAUGGAUGGAAGCCCAUCGACUUCGCUGGGACCGGCACCUCGCUCAAUGGGGAUGAGGCAGCGAACAGUAUAUUCUACAUUGCGGACCAGAUCCAAGGAGCGACGACGACGAUAUCGUAUAGCGGGAUGGUAAUUUCUUUCAUCCAGGACGUGAAUGUCGCUAUGAGCUUGAAUACGAGUGGAGCUAGCAAUCCGGAGGUUACUAAGGCCAUGCAGGCAUCUAGCAAAGCUUGUUACGCUGGAAUGGGUGCUACUACGACCACGGUGUCCAAAGAGUACGCUGAGCAGCAUUCUGGUCAAGCUCCAAAUAUUACCUCCCCGGAGUUCCUUCAGUUCGCUGCACAAGAUCCUGAAUAUACUCAGGCUAGCGCAAUUUGCCAGAGCGCAACGAACACUUACCAGUCUGCCCUUAGUCGAGCCGUCGGGGACGAUUUCUACAUUUUCUCUGGCGCAUUGAACAAUAUCGAGCAGCUCACGGCAUCCGUUACACUUAUUGAUGGACUCAACAUGGAGGUUUCGUCGGAGACUGCCGUUGCGGGUAAAGGGGCUGGAAAGUACAAGCCCUAUUAUGCCAUCCCUACAUUGAAUGGAACGAUGAGUGCAUGGCAAUCGAAUAGCAAUGGGUUCUCCUCGUCCCCUGCGUUCACCUGGAGCAGUUCUUCCACCACUGGCUCAUCCACGAAUACUACGACAUCUGGUGGAGGUGGGAUCGGCUUCAUCUGGGAAGAUUUCUCUGGCAGUGGUGCCGGGUCCAGUUCGUCUUCGAAAACCACUUCGAAUGUCUCCUCAGUAGGGAUGUCUGUAUCGUUCGGUCAGAUCAGCAUGUUUGGAGUCGAAUAUGGAUUGUGGAACACUCCUGAAGUCGCAGAGGCGCUGCAGAAUCCUCCGGAUGCUAUUACGAAGAAGGGUACGCCAGUAUUUCAAAAGUACUACGGAUCUGCAAGUAAGCCUGGACCAUUGGCUAGCUGGAAAGAUCAAGCGUUGGUUGUGUAUCAGCCCUCUUUCUCCGUAGAAUUCUCCUCCGCUGAUGAAGCAUCCUCGUUCCAUCAAUCUGCAGCCUCUGCAGGAGUGUGCAUCUUGUUCAUCUGUAUCGGAGGCAGCGGGAGCAAAACAACCAGCACGAUGAAUUAUUCUACUGGAAGCAAAUUCGUGACUUACAAUGAUACGACGAACCAAGCGUACCUAGUUGGGUUCACUCAAACGAACUUCUUUCCCAACCAAGGACCGCAGGAUGAUAGUAAUUGGCCCUCCUUGCUCGGGAAUAAUACUGACGCAACGUCUGCUACCUCCGACACCGAUUCAUCCUCUAAUUCGUCUGGUAAUUCGACGACGUCCGACGGCAAUUCUAUCGGAGAUUCUUCCUCGGAUACGGAUUCCUCUUCUACUUCCACAGGAGAUUCGACGAGUGAUACCGACUCUUCCUCGAGUACUGACUCUUCAUCUUCUAGCACUGAUGCAUCUUCGGUUGAUAAUGCUUCCACUACCAAGAAUAAUGGAACAUCCUUGGAUUCUUCAUCUUCUGCCGACUCCUCCUCUUCCAGCGAUACAUCAUCUUCCACUGAUGCCUCUCCUACGACUUCCACCAGUAACUCUCCUUCCGACUCUCCUCCAUCUUCAUCCAAAGAUCCAGGAUCAACAGGGAGUAAAGGGGAUUCUACAUCGUCUACGUCGUCAACUUCAGAUACUGCUUCUGCCAAUCCGACAAAGUCAAGCUCGGGUUCGGGAGAUGACAAUGAGUCUACUACGAGCGGUGCUAAACAAUCAACGAAGACGACUUCGGUGACCCAGUCGUCCGGAACACAAGCAACCCCUGUGGUCAAAGCUUCGAAAGCUACUUGA